CUAAUGGUCUCCUCCACAUGCCUCUUCUUGUUCUUGCGGCAUAAAAUAAUAAUGUCGGACGUGAUGCUGCUAUUUCAGCAAGCAGAUACCAAACUCACCUUCUAUCACCACCAAACGGUCAGACCAAAUAUACUUCAUGAUUGAAAUCCUCCCCGAAUCAGAUGGACCCUAUCUCUUUGAUCCGUCUGAAGUGGGCCCCCACUGAACGGUGUUCUUUCUUUUACUCGUUCUUCUCGUCAACUCAUGCUGUGCUUUGGAGGGGCAUUGCCUUCUGCCUAUGGAUCCUUAACUAGUUUGCCUGUUUGGAAUCCAUGAGCGAGUAAUCCAUUUUCAUCCCAGUGAUAUUAACUAUUAAGCAUUGCGCUACUCUGCUUUAUGCUCUCUUUUGUUGUUAGUCGUCUCUUGAACGAAUGAAAGAGAAAACAAGUCGAAGGCCAUCUGCUUUCUCACGAGCUUACUUUACUGUUGAAUCGAUCAAUACCUCCGGGAGAUAAUGGGAAACAGACCAGAAUGGUUGUUCAUGUUCUCAACAGCCUUCACGAUCGGAGCAGUGUUCUUUCGUGCUAGAGCCGAGCCCGUGGAAGAUAAACAAGCGUUGCUUGACUUCCUCCACAACAUAAACCACUCGCUUGCUCUGAGGUGGGAUGAAAACUCUUCUGUAUGCAAUAGCUGGAGAGGAAUCACCUGCAAUAGAGACCAUUCCAGAGUCAUAGCCCUUUAUUUAUCUGCAGUUGGAUUGAGCGGUCCAAUCCCAACGAACACCCUAAGUCGCCUCUCAGCACUUGAGACCGUAAAUCUAACAUCCAAUAGCAUAACGGGUCCUUUUCCUUCUGGCUUCUCUGAGCUCAAGAAUUUAACCUAUCUUUACAUUCAAUUCAACGACUUUUCUGGCCCAUUGCCAUCAGAUUUCUCGGUCUGGAAGAAUUUGGCAGUUGCUGAUUUAUCCAACAAUUUUUUUAAUGGGAGCAUUCCUCCAUCAAUUUCGAAUUUGAUUCAUCUCACAUCUCUAGUCCUGGCAAAUAACUCUCUUUCGGGUGAAAUUCCUGAUAUCAAUAUUCCUACCCUUCUAGAGCUGAAUCUGGCCAACAAUAACCUCAGUGGGAUGGUGCCCAAAUCCCUUCUGAGAUUCCCAAGUAGGGCGUUUUCUGGGAACAAUCUUACAUUGGCAAAUGCUCGACCAAGAAAGAAAACCUCAAAAAGAUUUGGUAAGUCUGCAUUAUUAGGUGUCAUUCUAGGUGGCAGCGGGCUAGCAUUUGCAUUGAUUGCAGCUUUCUUGCUUUUGUGCUACUGCGAUGGAGGAGGUGAAAAUGGGCUAGCACUUAAAUCCCAGAAAAAAGACAGGUUUCUGAAGAAGGAUAUCUCUCAGAGUCAUUGCAGAAAAAACAAGAUUGAGUUCUUUGAGGAUUGCAAUUUUGCGUUUGACCUGGAGGAUCUGCUGAGAGCAUCUGCUGAGGUGCUUGGUAAGGGGACCUAUGGUACAACAUAUAAGGCAAAUAUAGAGGACUCUGCUGUUGUGGUGGUGAAGAGAUUGAAGGAAGUCAUAAUCGGAAAACGUGAGUUUGAGCAGCAGAUGGAGGUUGUGGGGAGGAUUAGGCACGACAAUGUGGCUGCUCUAAGGGCAUAUUACUAUUCCAAGGAGGAGAAACUCAUGAUCUAUGAUUACUAUGAACAAAGUAGCGUUUCUGCUAUGUUGCAUGGUAAAAGAGGGGAAGAAAGGAUUUCUUUGGAUUGGAAUAGCAGGCUGGGGAUUGCAAUAGGUGCAGCAAGAGGCCUUGCUCACGUCCAUGCCCAACAAGGAGGAAGACUUGUCCAUGGAAACAUAAAAGCCUCGAACAUCUUCCUCAACUCGGACGGAUAUGGUUGUAUAUCGGAUAUUGGUUUGGCAACACUGAUGGGCACAAUAAUGCCACCGUCUCUAAGAAGUGCUGGGUACCGUGCUCCAGAAGUAACAGACCUCAGAAAAGCCAGCCACGCAUCUGAUGUCUACAGUUUUGGGGUGUUGCUGUUGGAGCUUCUGACUGGAAAGUGCCCCAUGCAUGCCACAGGAAGUGAAGAGGCCAUCCACCUGGUUAGAUGGGUGAAUUCUGUGGUCAGAGAGGAAUGGACAGCAGAGGUAUUUGAUGCACAGUUGCUGAGAUUUCCAAGUACAGAGGAAAAGAUGGUACAAAUGUUGCAACUUGCGAUGGCAUGUGUUGCAAGGGUACCAGAGCAGCGGCCAAAAAUGCCAGAUGUUUUGAGAAUGAUGGAGGAAAUUCGACGGCCAGGUUCUGAGAAUCAGCUUUGGUCUGAAUCUAGAUCAGCAGCUUCUACCCCAACACCACAAGCAACUGACGUACCUUCUUUCUCUGUAGAUGCUUAGAAUUAAUUAUUCCUUCGAUUCCGACUUUAUUCUUUUACAGAAGAGAUUAUGUGUUUCUCUGUCGUCUAGUAUCUUUCUGCAGUUGAAGAAAUAUUUGGUUGUGAGUAGUUCAUCUACCAACCUAAGUUUAGGUGAUGUCAAAGUCAAGUUGGUCCCUGCAUGGACCAUGCAUUAUUUAGCUUGGAGUCUAGAUCUAGUUGUUAAUUGUUAUACUUGUAAAGUUUGGGCUCCACGGUCAUAGCAGGAUUAUCCAUUUCACAUCAACUGUUAUUCUCGAUUAAAGAUUUAUUACACUCUCUGAUUUAUUAA